CGUUGCCCAUGCAAUAAUUACAAGAGUUACUCAUUCUACAGGAGGAGAAAAUUAGUGAGAGAGAGAAAUUACGACUGGAUUCUUGAGCAACUCUCUUCUGGAAUCUUCUAUCUCUUAUCGCCAAAUCUUAGUUUGGGUUUUCUCCUUUCUCUAUACUUCUUCCAUGGCUUCACCGUCUCAAGCUUCACUUCUGCUCCAAAAACAGCUUAAAGAUCUUUGCAAAAACCCUGUUGAUGGGUUCUCAGCUGGAUUGGUUGAUGAGUCUAAUUUGUUUGAAUGGAGCGUUACAAUUAUUGGGCCUCCUGAUACCCUUUAUGAAGGGGGAUUUUUCAAUGCCAUCAUGACAUUUCCUCCAAACUAUCCAAAUAGUCCACCGCAAGUGAGGUUUACAUCAGAUAUAUGGCAUCCAAAUGUUUAUCAGGAUGGCCGGGUUUGCAUAUCAAUCCUUCAUCCUCCGGGUGAUGACCCAAAUGGCUACGAGCUUGCAAGCGAGCGGUGGAGUCCUGUUCAUACCGUGGAAAGCAUAGUUCUUAGUAUCGUAUCCAUGCUUUCAAGUCCUAACGAUGAAUCUCCAGCGAAUGUUGAAGCCGCGAAGGAAUGGAGAGAAGAUAGAGACGGGUUUAGGAAAAAGGUCAGUCGAUGUGUAAGAAAAUCACAAGAAAUGCUAUGAUGGCAUAACUUGAACGCUUCUCUCACCUGCUUGCUUCAGAUGUUGCCAUGACAAGAAAAGUGGGAAAUUUUAAUGGGCAACUCUUUAAAUUGAAGGAUUUUUGUGACUUUUGAUUGUGCUUGCUGCAUUGUGUUUCAAGUCAAAACGACGGUCUGUAUUUCAAUAUUUGGUAUAUCUGCAUAAAUAGCGGAAGCGAAUUUACCGGAGGCUCAAUCACUUGUUUUGAGUUCACCAGCCUUCUAUUUCUCCAAAUUGGCGAAUGCAAAUGAUUUGAACUCUACGUUUAUAUUAUGAUGAUAUAGUUGAUUUUCAUAUCUUGAUUGUACUUGUUCAUGCUGUCUAUCUGGACUCUGGAGAGUACACUUUGCCUGCCCUCUACGGCUUUCUAUUUUUAACAUUUCUAAAUGCUACACGUAUUAUUAUAACGACAAUUUUUUUGGGAUUCAGUUGUAAUUUCCUACUAACAUGAAUUUAGUAGGAAUUUUUAGUCAA